GACAACAGCCCGAGUCGGUCAAAGUUGCCAACUUGACACUGAAAUUAACGAAUCAUUCUCAAAAUAUUCUGGUCCGGUUAACCCCAUAGGUGAAGAAGAAACAGGAUCAUCACAUGGAUUUUCAUUUUUACAAUUAAUGAAGAGAACACAAAUUUUAGGAGAUUAGAUUUGAGGCGUUAAUUCUACUUCGAUCUCCUCUUUGUUCACACCAUCAUCACUGUAUUUAAGUUUUAGCUAAAGACACGCUUGGAGUUGCUUUGAAGAUCUUAUAUGGCUGAAAAAGCUUGUGUUAAACGUCUACAAAAGGAGUUCAGAGCUCUUUGUAAAGAGCCAGUACCUAAUAUUGUUGCUCGCCCCUCACCAAAUAACAUUCUCGAAUGGUAUUAUGUAUUUGAGGGAAGUGAAGGAACACCUUUUGCAGGUGGGUUUUAUUAUGGGAGGAUCACAUUUCCAGCUGAAUAUCCUUUUAAGCCACCAUCUAUCAGGAUGACAACUCCUAAUGGACGGUUUAUGACUGAUACAAAGAUUUGUUUGUCUAUGAGUGAUUUUCAUCCGGAGAGUUGGAAUCCAAUGUGGUCAGUAUCCAGCAUACUUACAGGGCUACUCUCUUUUAUGAUGGACAAAAGCCCCACUACAGGAAGUGUUUCAACAACCGUUGAGGAAAAACAACGUUUAGCAAAGGCUUCACUUGCUUUCAAUUGUAAGAUUCCUAGUUUCAGGAAAUUGUUUCCAGAGUACGUGGAGAAGUACAACCAGCAGCACGCUGAGCAAGCUCAGUCUCGGGUAUCAUCAGUGCUUGCACAAGAUGAAUCCUCGUCUCUCAAAUCAGGGACAUCCGAUAAUAACCAGCAAGAAACACUGGAGAAAGCAGAAGAAGGUGACAGGAGAAAUAAUCGUAGGCAAUCAAUCCCGACGUGGAUGAUUUUGUUGCUCUUCUCAGUAUUUGGUUUAGUUAUGUGUUUACCUUUUCUUGAACAUUGAUGAUGUUAGUCUCCAAUUUAGACUGUACCCAAGUGAAGUUUAAUAUAAAUUUUAUAUAGAUGUGCAUGCAAAUUGAUCAAAUUAUACAUCCAAAAAACUGCCAUUCUCGCGUUUCAUUGUAUUUUGAAUUGUGAUAUAUCUACAAUAACUUGUACAGUCAA